AUGGACAAGACUGAAUGGAACAUCAAGGUUCGUGUUGUAAGAUGCUACGAGCGUACAACAUUUGGGGAUCGCUCUACAGUUUUGGGUCUUGAAGUAAUACUUCAUGAUUCUGAGGGGUACUGUAUUCAUGCUUCUAUCACGAAGUUUGAUAUGGAGAUUUUUAGGUGCCAUCUGAAGGAAGGAAGUGUUAUUGCAAUCUGGGACUCCAUUGUAGCUCCAAACGGUGAUGUUAUUGGACGAGUAGUCGGUAUAAACAAACCGCAGACAAGGACUUUUGACAACAGAACAACACGUUUUGCCGAAAUAACUUUGGAGGACGUCGAUCGAAACAAACUAUCUUGCACAUUGUGGAAAGAAAAGGUUGAUGAAAUAGUGCCCUCCAUACUAAACCGUGAUAUCGGACCUCUUGUGGUUAUUUUACAGUUUUUUCGUGCCAAAGUUGUUGGAGCAUCAGUGAAGGUUUCAAACACCUUUGAUAUCACAAAGUUAAUUUUCGAUCAGUCUGCAGAUGAGAUAAAAGAGUUUGUUGCAGCUUAUGGAGGAUGUGCUGAAAUUGCGGGUUCAAUACGAGAAGUCAAUGCUCCGCUGGUUAUCACUGACAAUGUGGAAACAGAAAACAUUUCAGUCAAGACUAUCGAUUACCUUUACAAGUGUGGUCAAGUUGGCAGUUAUUGGAUCUGCGCGCUCAUUGAGUCGCUCACUGGUGACUACUGGUACCAAUCAUGUUGCAAAUGUCCCAAAAAAUUAACUUCGACUGGGAAAAAAUUUUAUUGUGAAAAAUGUGACGACUUUUUUGACGAUGGUGUUUUGAAGUAA